UGUCCUCCUUCGCCUUACAAGGCUGCGCGCGAAGCUCCCCCUCCUCCUUCUCGUAGGUGGCAGGGGGCGGAGCUCUUCGCGCCGAGGUUUUGGGACCCCGCUUGGCUCUUCCCUCCUCCCAGAAUCGAGCGCGGCGGCCGCAGCUGGUCCUGCGCUCCGGACCAAAAGCUGCCGCCGCUGCUGCUGCUGCUGCUUCAGCCGCCGCCUGCCGGCUCCGACGCGUGCCGAGCAGCUGCAGAAAGGCCGCGCUUUGCAAGCUUCCAUGUGUGCCCGGGCCGGAUCGGCGCAGGCAGCUUUGGUUGGGGAUGAAGAAGUAACAAGAAGAAGCUCCAUCUCUGCCAUACCAGGAAUCUUAAGGAUAAAAGAAGUGAGUCUGACGGCGCUUAUGGAAGAUUUCCUUGGACUCCAAGACUCCUGGAACUGAGGAAAUACCUGCAGAUCUCCAAAACUAGUUUAUCAGGUGGCGGAUUUUGUUCCAAGCUCCUUUGGGUCAUCAUGACUGGGAAAAUGGCCUCUAGCCUGACUUAUGCCGGAGUGAUCUGGGCCUUGUUUUCCUUCCUUUGCGCUGGAGCCUCCUGUGUGGGUUUCUUCAUGCCUUAUUGGCUGCUGGGUUCUCAGCUGGAGAAACCAGUCUCUUUUGGCACUUUCCGGAGAUGUUCCUAUCCUGUUCGAGAUGAGAGCCGCCAGAUGACAGUCAUGGUGGAGCAGUGUGGACGUUACGCAUCCUUCCAGGCCAUUCCAAGUGUGGAGUGGCAGAUCUGCACAGUGGUGACCGGUUUGGGCAGCGGCCUCCUUCUUCUAGUGGCCCUCACUGCGCUCAUGGGAUGCUGUGUAUAUGAGCUGAUCUCCAGAACUGUGGGCAGGGUGGCUGGAGGCAUCCAAUUCUUGGGGGGUUUGUUGAUUGGUUCUGGGUGUGCUCUCUAUCCUCUGGGCUGGGACAGUGAAGAAGUCAGACAAGCCUGUGGCAAUCUUUCCGACCAGUUUGAACUAGGCACCUGUGAAAUUGGCUGGGCUUACUAUUGUACAGGAGGAGGAGCUGCAGGGGCGAUGUUGAUAUGCACUUGGCUGGCCUGUUUCUCUGGCAAGAAACAAAAACAAUAUCCUUAUUAAAGCCAGAGCAAAACAGAACAAAAAGAAAACAAGUUUU